UCAGACAUUUUGUAUUUAAAUUGAAUUAAAUGUAAUAAUUCUGCUUAUUUUUUUUACAGAGACCCAAAUCUAAAAUUUCAGCAUCCAGGAGGUUGUUCUUAAAGACAAAGCUACUGAAGAAAGCAUGUGCUAUGCUUGUAACUGAAAAAGAAGAUAAGCAAACAGAGAGAGAGAACACCUUGGCUGAAAGAGUCCCACCUCUGCAGUUGUCUGGUCUGUCGGUUCAAGACCUUCAGGCUCUCUGCAGAGACCUCCAUCAGAAGAUUGAUGUUGUAGAUGAAGAGAGGUAUGACAUCUCAGCCAAGGUGUCUAAAAAUGAAAAAGAGAUUACUGAUUUGAACAUCAAGAUUACCGAACUCAGAGGUAAAAUGAAGAGACCAGCGCUGAAGCGAGUGAAGAUCUCUGCUGAUGCUAUGCUGGGUGCUCUUUUGGGCUCCAAGGUCAAAGAGUCUGUGGAUUUCAAAGCCAACCUUAAGACAGUCAAGAAAGAAGAGGAGAAGAAAGAAGAGGUGACCGAUUGGCGUAAGAAUGUGGAGGCCAUGUCUGGAAUGGAGGGCAGGAAGAAACUGUUUGAUGCUGGACAAUAAAAGGAUCUGACAUAAGAAGAUCUGACAGCAGAAAAAAUGUCUUUAAAAUAAUGUAUAAAUCAUUGCAAGUUCAUAAAAUGCAUAAUGACAAAUAUUCCAACAAGAGCUUAAGAUCUUGUUUACUUUCGAUUUGAGAGGUUUAAAAGCUAUUUAGAAAGAGAAUAAAUCCUUGAUGUGCUGCUAAAUGAUUCAUGUGAUCUUUUUUCUGUCUUAAAAAUAAAUACAGAUCAAAAAAGACUAAA